UGUGCGCGAAGUGGAUUGCGGUUUGGCCGGGGAGUCCCUACAACAUCAGAACGACAUCAAUUUGAGCUGUGAGCACUGAGAGUAGGAGAUGUCCUCUGUUAACUGUUCAGCCCUGUCGAGGACUGAUGGAUGAAAAGUUUCAGGUCGUCAUAAAAAAUUUACUGCCCAAUCAAGAGGUAACGCUACACUCUCUACAUCAGUCUGAAGAUAAGGACUUCUGGGAGGCUUUUGGACACUAUAUCAGUGAUGAACAUGGAACAGUAACAGUGGCAAAAGAUGAAAGUUUGGGAGGCACGUAUGAAGGCACAGAGCAGAUGGGUUUGCUGUGGAGCCUGAGGCCUGUACCAGGAAGUCGACCUGCACUCAGGUUGCGCAAGAUGAAUGUUCUCACACCGAUGGUAAUUAACAUUUCAGUCUACAAUGGGCAUCUAUCUCAAGGAUUCAGUCAGGCCUCUUUGCUGGCCACAACUGUCACAGAGCGCUGGUACAUGGCACCAGGUGUAAAGAGGGUGAACAUAAAGGAGAAAGGAGUUCUAGGAACUUUAUUUCUUCCCCCAGGCUCUGGGCCUUAUCCAGGAGUGCUGGACCUAUGGGGCGGAGGUGGUGGAUUGAUUGAAUAUCGUUCUGCUCUGCUUGCAUCUCAUGGUUUUGCAAGUAUGGCCCUUGAAUAUCUCUCUCCAGAAAAGCUGAAAAUGACUGAGGUUGAUGGUACAUAUUUUGAGAAAGCAUACCAGAUCUUGCAAAAUCAUCCAUUAGUACAGAAGGACAAGAUGGCGGUACUUGGGUUGUGUUUUGGAAGUGCCAUCACAUUAACUAUGACUGCCUACUCCAGAGUCAUCAAGCCCCAGUGCUGUGUCUGUAUCAGUGGAAGUCAUGCCAUUCCUGUUGAUAAAUGUCUCUUUGAAGUCUUUGAGGACAUAAAAAAGCUUAACGGUAAAAUACAAGUGAAUGAGGACAACCACUUAAUACACAGAAACACGAUCUUGCCAAUUCCCUCAGACCCGGCUCUGAAAGUAGACGUUGGGAGAAUAAAGUGUCCUCUUUUGUUGGUGAAUGGUACUGAUGAUCAGAAUUGGGCUACCGUUGAAUCUGCUGAAGAUAUGGAGAUGAUGAUGAAGAAAGCAGGAAAUCGACAACUGCUGACUGUCUUGACAUACCCUGAUGCUGGUCAUCUAAUUGAACCUCCAUACACACCUCACUUCAGAGCAACUAACUUCCUCCUGCAUAAAAUGAAUGAGAAAGUUGUCAUGCUGUGGGGUGGACAAACUAAACCACAUGCAUACGCUCAAGAGGACUCAUGGAAGAAGAUUUUAGCAUUUUUUCGAGAGCACCUCUACGGUUCAAGCGUUAAAGCCAAAUUGUAGUUUCUUCAUUUGAGACUGUGAUAUAUGACCAACUUCAUUUCAAAAUGCCUUUAAAUUCAAUGAUGAUGCUGCCAGUACUUGAUGUUACAUUUCACUUUGUUAUCUGUAUUGCAUAAAAGAGGAUCUUAAGUAUAUUUUAAGCAAUACUUUUGUAGCAGACACAUGCCAAAAUGCAUUAUUAAUUAUUGUAAUAAUUAUGUACAGAAAUUAAUAAUUACAUGGUUAUGGUAACACUGCCAAAUAAAUGUAUUAGAUUCUGUUUGCGGAGAAAGACACUUAAGAUGAUUCUGGCACUACAUUUUCUUAUUUUGUAAUCAAAAUCUACCUCUGCUUAAUAAAAGCAUAAAUAAUAAUUUGAGAUCAUUUCAUUUUCUAAUUUAGUUGGACUUUUGUUUGUUUUUAAAAAAAAAGAUUGUGUGUUUUCUAAAAUGACUAUUAUGAUUAUGAGAAUCUGUGUUUUAAACAUGAAAAAUAUUUAUGCAAUCUAGAAGAUUUGAGAUAAUUUGGAUGAAUUUGCUAUAAUAAAAGUUAGUUUUAUUUAUAUUAAUGGUAUUUUGGGAUGUAAAUACCUGUUGUAUAAUUAACCUGUAUGAGUUGCAAAAACAAUGAGUUUGCUCAUUUUUUUACCGAUAAGAUAAUAAUAUCAGAAAGGCAAUCAGCUCAUCCAAUCAGCCAAGUUUUGCUGUUGUCAGAAAGGAUCAAUCACGACUAAAGUCAAGGCAAUUGAUAGCAAAAUUUUGGAAGCAAUCGUACUGAUUAUAAAAACAUUAACCUUUAGUCUUGACACACUACACACAUUGUUCUUCAAAAUGAUGCAAUUGUUUAGAAAUCGAUCUCCUUGAAGUGGAAAAUACUUCUUCCUGGGACAUUUUUAACUCCCUUAAAAUUGCAGUUGUUAAACCCCUCUUUAAAAAAGAGCAAUUUGGAUAACACCCUAUUGAGCAACUACAGACUGAUUUUGGUUUCAUAUUUUGACAACUUCAACUCCUCUGCUACAGGUGUUUUUUAAUCAUUUAUUGAUUUAUUUUUGUUUGUUAAUUUUUGUUAUUUUAUUUAUAAGUUUGUAUUAUUAUUAUUAUUGAGAAUGGAAAGAUUGUGAAUGUAUGCAAACUGAUUGUUAUCUUUUGUGUAAUUAUAAACUGUAUUAAUGCCUUUCUG